ACACAGUCUCUGUAACUGAGAAGAGAAAUGGAGGAGAAUCCGCUGAAUCAAGAAACCCUAUCCUGUUCCAUUUGUCUGGAUCUACUGAAGAGUCCAGUAACUAUUCCCUGUGGACACAGUUACUGUAUGAACUGCAUUAAAACCCACUGGGAUAAAGAGGAUCAAAAAGGAAUCUACAGCUGCCCUCAGUGCAGGGAGACAUUCACACCGAGGCCUGUUUUGAAGAAAAACACCGUCUUUGCAGCAUUAGUGGAUCAGAUGAAGACUGGACUCCAAGCUACUGCUGCUGAUCACCGCUAUGCUGGACCUGAAGAUGUAGCCUGUGAUUUCUGCACUGGAAGAAAACUGAAAGCCAUCAAGUCCUAUUUAGUCUGUCUGGCCUCUUACUGUGAGAAACACCUUCAGCCUCAUUAUGAUUCAUCUGCAUUUAAGAAACACAAGCUGGUGGAGCCGUCCAAGAACCUCCAGGAGAACAUCUGCUCUCGUCAUAAUGAGGUGAAGAAAAUGUUCUGCCGCACUGAUCAGAAGUGUAUCUGUAGUUUGUGUUUAAUAGAGGAACAUAAAGGCCACAUCACAGUGUCAGCUGCAGCAGAAAGGACUGAGAGGCAAAGAGAGCUGGAGGAGAAACAAAAGAAAAUCCAACAAGUGCUCCAGGAAAAAGAGAAAGACAUGAAUCUGCUUCAACAGGAGGUGGAGGCCAUCAAUCACUCUGCUGAUAAAACAGUGGAGGACAGUGAGAAGAUCUUCACUGAGCUGAUCCGUCUCCUCCAGAAAAGAAGCUCUGAUGUGAAGCAGCAGAUCAGAUCCCAGCAGGAAACUGAAGUGAGUCGAGUCAAAGAUGUUCAGGAGAAGCUGGAGCAGGAGAUCACUGAGCUGAAGAGGAAAGACGCUGAGCUGGAGCAGCUCUCACACACAGAGGAUCACAACCAGUUUCUCCUCAACUACCCCUCACUGCCAGCACUCAGUGAGUCUACACACUCAUCCAGCAUCAAGGUUCGUCGUCUGAGACACUUUGAGGACGUGGCAGCAGCUGUGUCAGAGCUCAGAGCUGAACUACAGGACGUCCUGAGAGAAACGUGGAAACAAAGCUCACUGACACUCACUGAGGUGGAUGUUCUACUGUCAGAAUCAGAACCAGUUAGCAGAGAUGGAUACUUAAAAUAUUUGUGUGAAAUCACUCUGGAUCCAAACACAGCUCACAAAUGGCUGGUGUUGUCAAGGGAAAACAGGAAGGUGACAAGAAAGGCUCAACAUCAGUCUUAUUCUAGUCACCCAGAAAGAUUCACUCACUGGCGCCAAGUUCUGAGUAAAGAGAGUUUAACUGGACGUUGUUACUGGGAGGUGGAGAAAAGAGGGAGAGUUUAUGUAGCAGUUGCAUACAAGAAUAUCAGCAGAGCAGGAAGUGGGAAUGAAAGCUUAUUUGGAGGUAAUGACAAAUCUUGGGCUUUAGAUUGUCACCAAACCCAUUAUAAAUUUGGUCACAACAACAUCUGGACCUCCAUUUCAAGUCCAGUUUCCUCCAGAGUCGGAGUGUACCUGGACCACAGAGCAGGUAUUCUGUCCUUCUACAACGUCUCUGGAUCCAUGACUCUGAUCCACAGAGUCCAGACCACAUUCACUCAGCCGCUACAUGCAGGAAUUUGGGUUGGGUUUGCAUGCCAUGCAGAGUUCUGUGAACCCAAAUAGACAGAACCCACUUAAGGUUCUGUGGGUUUGAUGCAGAAUCUUAAUCCUGCAACAGAUUUGUUCUUGAUUGUCGUUAUUUUGUUUCUAAACUGCAUAUAAAUCAAUAGGUAGAGAUUGUAAGCACUGGUUUUUCUUAAAGUCCGAUUUUCUUUAAAACAGCUGAUCAGCACAAGAAUAUUUACUGUUUCCACUUUCAGGCUUUGAACUCAGAAAUAAAACGACAUACUACUCCUCAAGUUGAAAAAGUGAAAUCAGUGCAUUGAUAAUGUUAUUGUUUUAACUCAUUUACCAAUGAAUAUGACCAAUUAUAAUAUUACUAAUUACCAACAAAUUGAUAAUAUAUUAAUUUACCAAUUAAAUUAAUAUUUAUUAAUGACACAACAUAUACUGUCUUAUGUGGACUUAAGCUGGUUACAUGUUUUGUUAAUUCUUAGGCGGAAAACAUUCAGAAUAAAACUGUCAUGUCAAAUCUUCACUGUUAAGCUGUGUUGGUGAUGGGAUGCUGCCCCCUACAGGAAUGUUUCGUUUUUACAUGACAAUGGGUCCAGGAAAUGUUUAUUAUUGUUUCAUUAAUAUAUAGAAAAUGAA